GAAAAGAUGGCGCAGGGAGAGAGGAGAGGAGGAUAACUUUAUCUCGGCUCUUCAGCAGAGUAUUUUUAGCUACGGUUUGUUGACGGCGCUUAGUUCUUUCGUUGAAGGAAGCUAAAGGAGUAAACUCGGCGUCUUUGUGGGUGCAGUCGAAGGCUUUUUUGGAAGACGGGAGCUAACGUUAACGGACUAACUGCGACUCCCGGUCAUAGCAAGUGUUAGCAGCACAGCCUGAGAGGAAACAGUGCAGAAAGUUUAUUACACCAACAGGACUGAAGCCUCUGUGAUUUCUUCUCACACCACGGCCUGGAAACAAGACGAGGUCAUUGAUAGCCUGGGGGUUUACAUGCCAGGACGAGGAGGAGGAGAAGUGGGAGGAUUGAGUUUCCCGUGUGAUCAGAGAGACACAUUCAAGGGUGAUAACUGGAGCUUGCAGGAUGCAUUCUGUGAAUGUCUUGGUGCUGACAACAAGUGAAUGAAGAUAUUUCUUUUCAAACACCUCCAUUUUUGGCAGGAUUAAAGGUGUAUGGACAGAGACUGAACUCCUAGAAUGACGAGUGCCGCCCCAGCUCGGAAGCCGUACCGCAAAGCGCCUCCGCAACACCGUGAGACACGCCACAAUCUGCCCGUGUUCCUGGAUGACCUUAGUGGAAGUCCCUCAGCGACCAGCGAACAUCCUGCCCAGCCUGAAUCUACCCAGGAGUCGAUUUCAGAUGCUGACAAAAUCAAAAUCCUGCAACAGCAAAAUGAAGAGCUACGAUGCCACCUUACACAUACUACCCACAAAAUGGAGGUGAUGGAGACGGAGUUUGAAAGUCGUCACCACUUCAUGCAGACAGAAAUGAGCAGGACAAGAGACGAUCUGGAGAAGAUGAAGGACAAGUUUCGAAGACUCCAGAACAGCUACACAGCCUCACAGAGAGCCAACCAGGACCUGGAGGAGAAGCUGCAUGCCCUGCUUCGGAAAGUGGAGAGAGACAAGAAGACAAUGGAUCAGGAGAUUGUGGAGCUCACCAACAAGCUUGUAGAUGCCAAGAACACUAUUGACAAGCUAGAAGAACUAAAUGAGCGAUACAGACAGGACUGCAAUUUAGCUGUGCAGCUUUUGAAGUGCAACAAGUCCCAUUUUAGGAACCACAAGUUUGCAGAAUUACCAUAUGAACUGCAGGAGAUGGUGAAUAAGCACAUGAAGAGCAGUCUGCCUGAGAAGACCCAGAGCCCACAAGGGACCCAUGGGCAAGACCCAGAUACCCUAAGCCUGACGCCUGCUGAUGUGGUGCCUACCUCAGUCAUUGCCCGGGUGCUUGAGAAACCAGAACCACUGGUCCUCAACUCGGCUCAGUCUAGCAGCAGUGGGCGACCUGUGGCUGAGGAUGUGUUUGUCCAUGUUGAUAUGACCGGAUCCCAGAACAAGAGCAGUGGCCAGAAAAGUAGGGGUCCUGGGCACACAAGGCAGAGCUCUAGUGCUGAAUCUCAUCAGCUGCAUCUUAACGGUAUGUGCCAGAGUCCUGAUGGCCUGCCGGCUGACAGUGUAGCAUCGCCAUCCUUUGAGAAGCUUAACCCCUACCCGACCCCUCCUCCACCGAAUCCCCUGUACCCUGGCCGGAAAGUGAUUGAGUUCUCCUCUGACGAUAAGGUGAAAAUCCCCAAGAACAGCCCACUUCCUAACUGCACCUAUGCUACAAGACAGGCCAUCUCUCUCAGCCUGGUGCAGAAUGAAGAUGAAGCUGGAGAAAGGCAGCGUACUGUACCCAACAGCCCUGCGGUGUCUGAUGGAGGUUGGCGCUCUGGUACCUCCUCUUCUUCUGGUGGAGGGAAUGCAUCGCACCCACGAACCCCUCAGCAGAGUGAUUUCACUGACCCUUUGUCUAGCCAUUCCAGUCCUUUUAGCAGCCCACCACAGCCGCCGAGUGCCUUUGCUAGCUCAGGUAGCUCAGAGGAGGACUUGCUUACCAACUGGCAGCGAAUGUUUGUAGAGAAGAUUGCACCAUCCUCAAAAAACACCCUAGUUAACCGCACCUCAUUUAGCAGUGAGACCGUGAAAGAGCUUCAAAGGAGUUGCAGUAGCAAGUCAGGCAAAGCAAAUUCAGACCGAGGGUUGCUGCGGGGGGCCUACUCCGACGGAGAAGAGGGCUCUGUUCAAAGCUGGACCGCCAGCAGGGAGUCCAGCUUGGACACGGACACCAGCAGCACUGCGGAUACGCGAACCAAACAUAGACAGUAUGAUGCAGACUUUUUGCAGGAGGAAAGUGAAUGCUUGCUAAUGGCUCUUGAAAACCAUGAGGGUGCUAGUUGUGACACAGUGGUCCCAGUGCUGACCAGCCCAGCAUCUACCAAUCAGCAGGAUUUUGCUGAAGAUGCCGAUUCAGCAGGCAGCUCGGCUGAAGAACGAGACAUCUUACCACAAGAUUUUCCUGUUAUCAGUCCUAGGGUCCUUUCGGGUUUGGAUGAUUGCACAGAGCAGCAUCCUCCUGGCCCCCAGAGUGGCUUACACCGGCCUCAGAAGAGCCCCAAAAGGAUGGGGGUCCACCAUCUGCACCGGAAAGACAGCCUUACCAGAGCGCAAGAGCAAGGAACCCUGUUGGACUGAAGUUUAACUGAGGUUUACUCAUUGCUCCUCACAUCACCUACAGUGCUCUUCUGCUCACUAGUGACUAUAAGUCACAGCAGGCCGCAAAGGGUAGCAGGAAUUGCAUCGACGAUUGAUUGACCCAAGCUGCUUUCUUUUCUGGGUGUUACUGUAAGACUCCAGCCACUUGUUAGAAGCAAGUUCACCAAGAACAGUCAAUGUGCUUCAAGUAUCCUUUAUGAAUGUCUCAAAGUCAAAGACCUAGAUCUUUAAAACUGUGGUGUACAUUUUGAAGACUACAGGAUAUAGCCAUACAAAAAGACAUCUUUAUUUGGCCAGUGUAUCGUAAUGGGGAACAAUAAAGGAAAAGCCCUAAAACUUGGAACUCUCACCAUUACAGAAGAGCACGGUGCUCCGGAUUAAGACCCCAACCCAAUAUUCCAGGGUGGAAAUGACCCGGGUUUAAUAGAGUUGAAUGGAUUUUCAGAUUUCAGUGCCUAACCAUAAUGAAUGAGGGGUUUCCCCCAAGUACCCUUUAAAAAGAAGUAUUACUCCUCAAGAUUGUAUAGUUCUCGACUUUACUGCACAAUCUUCAGUAAACACAUCUCCCUUAAUAGAG